CCUCCGGGACAUUCAAGUGGCACCUGUUGGCACGGACCGAAUCAGGAAUGAGGGUGGAAGGAGGAGACGCAUUGUCCCCACAGCCACGGGCCCAGCCCGUUUCUGCUGUCCCCCGCCCCACCACCAGCAUAAAGGGGCCGUCUGGGGCCCUGCGGAGCCACUGGCGCUGGGCAGGAUGUGGGGCCGCGUGGCAGGGAACCGAGCUCCUCUGGGCCUGCUGCUGGUCUGCCUUCAUGUCCCAGCACUCCUUGGCCGGAGCAUCAGCCCAGUGGAGGAGAAACUCUCUCACAGCUUGCUGACCAACUUGCCUCUGCUGGGACAGCCGCCCCUCACCGGCCCCUCCAACUCCGGACACCCUCAGUUCACUGGAGCAGAUCCCUUGCGGCUUCCUCCGCUGUCGGACGACUUCCUGCUGGCAGGCGGCUCCGCGGUGCAGAAGUGGCCGCCAUCCUGGGGGCUGCAGUCCUGGUCCUCGGAGGAGCCCUGGCAGAUGAUGAUGGGUGCUGCGGCUGAGGGCCAGGCGGGGCAGGUGCUGCCCCAGGGACCGUCCUACCUUUCCAGCGCUGGGGCCCUCCCGCUGGGCCGUGGGUCCUGGCCCGCCCAGUCCUCUGCACACUCCCUGCUCCCCGCUGCUGACUCCUUCCUCCUGCACCAGGACUUGGAGCCUGCCGGGCAGCUGCCCCUCUUGAAGUGGCUGGGAGCCCAGAGAGAAGCCCUUGCCCAACGCCCGUUCUGGUCUCUUCUACACAGGCUUCUGGCAGGCACCCCCUGGGGCGCCCUGAGUCCUGCUGUGUCCUGGGGAGGUGGAGGCUCCGGGACCGGGUGGGGAACGAGGCCCAUGUCUCACCCUGCAGGAAUCUGGGGUCUCAACAAUCAAUUCCCGGGCACCAGCUGGGGCAAUAUUUAUCAAUACCCAGCCAGCAGCUGGGGGAGUGUGAAUCGGUACCCAGGAGGCAGCUGGGGGAAUACUAAUCGGUACCCAGGUACCAUCUGGGGGAACAAUAGUCGGUACCCAGGUAGCAGCUGGGGGAACAAUAGUCGGUACCCAGGAGGCAGUGGGGGGAAUUAUAAUUACCUGCAUCCUGGAGGUGUCCACCCUCCAAGCUCUUCUUAGGCCAGCCCAGCUGGCUUCCCUGGUCCUCCAAACCCCAGGUUGCAGUGGGGUUAACACACACCAGCGGGGAAAGCCUGAGCUGGAAGGCAGAGCAGGGAGUUACACCCUUCCCCUGGUGGGGUGAGCCAAGCGGGUUCAGCUCAUGUGGCUUCCAGCCUCACCACUGCCCCUUACCCCGCCUCCCUCGCUGACCUCCAAUAAA